GGAGAGAGGACCGAAUAGAGCUCAGCACAGAUAGGUGCCCGCCCAAGCGAGAGACACCCACCACAGCAACAAGCUUUCAGCGCACAGACAAGCUCUCCACCGCUCAAUGUUUCAGAGCUAACCGUUGACCUCUUUUCUAUCGCUUUUACCAUCGAUUUCUACUUUUUAAUGAACCAGGAAAGUUGAUUAUAUCGGUUAUUGUAGUUAAUUACUAUUAGUUUUUUUUCGGUUGUUUUUUUUCUCUAGCCCUGUCGUCUAUUUAUCUAACGAACCGCUGCAGAGCACCGGCAGGUGACUAUGGCGAAGGGACCGGUGCUGGUGACUCUAUCCCUGGCGGCUGGCGGCCCUACGCGGCUUGUUUUGCUGCUGUUAUGUCCGCUAAUCUGCGGCCUCUCGGCGCAGGGCCAGGAGCUGCCAACCAACCGGGUGAAUGGCUACAGCCUGCACCCACCUUAUUUUAACCUAGCGGAAGGGACCAAAGUCACGGCGACAGCGACCUGCGGAGAAGGGGACAAUGGGCGGUCGAUACGUGACUUGUACUGCAAGCUGGUCGGAGGGCCAGUGUCAGGGGACCCGAGUCAAACCAUCCAGGGCCAGUACUGUGACACCUGCGCCAUGGGGGACAGUGACAGAGCCCACCCCAUCACCAAUGCCAUCGACGGGACAGAGCGGUGGUGGCAGAGCCCUCCUCUCUCCCGCAGCACUGAGUUCAACCAGGUCAACGUUACCCUGGACCUGGGACAGCUCUUCCACGUGGCCUAUGUCCUGAUCAAGUUUGCCAACUCUCCUCGUCCAGACCUGUGGGUGCUAGAACGUUCCACCGACUUCGGGGAGACCUACCAGCCGUGGCAGUUCUUCGCCUCUUCUAAGAGAGACUGCAUUGAGCGCUUCGGACAGCGAAGCAUCGAACGGAUCAACUCUGACAAUGACGUCAUCUGUACCACUGAAUACUCCCGCAUCGUACCCCUGGAGAACGGAGAGGUGGUGGUGUCUCUAGUGAACGGGCGUCCCGGGGCUAUGAACUUCUCCUACUCUCCAGUCCUGAGGGAUUUCACCAAGGCCACCAACAUCCGUCUCCGUUUCCUCAGAACCAACACCCUCCUGGGACACCUGAUGGGCAAGGCCCUCCGCGACCCCACCGUCACACGCAGGUAUUACUACAGUAUCAAGGACAUCAGUAUCGGAGGACGCUGUGUGUGUAACGGACACGCUGAGGCCUGCGACCCACACGACCCCAACGACCCCUACAAACUGCAGUGUGAUUGCCAGCACAACACUUGUGGGAAGUCAUGUGACCAGUGUUGCCCCGGAUUCAACCAGCUACCAUGGAAUCCAGCGACCAUUUACAAGGCUAACGAGUGUGAACCGUGUAACUGUAACCAACACUCGUUUGGCUGUUACUACGACCCCGAGGUUGACCAGAGGAGAGCGAGCAUCAACGUCCAGGGACAGUACAGGGGGGGCGGAGUCUGCAUGGAGUGUCAGCAUCACACCGCUGGUGUCAACUGUGAGCGUUGUAUCCUCACCUACUACAGAUCACCUGACCAUCCCCUGGACUCCCCAUUGGCCUGCUCCCCCUGUGUGUGCCGGUCAGAGUUCACAGACGGUACCUGUGAGGGUCUGACGGGUCGUUGUUACUGUAAACCCAGCUACACCGGAGAGAACUGUGGCUCCUGUGCUGAAGGAUUCAUUCACUUCCCAGACUGCUACUCCAUAGCAACCUACCUCAACAACAACAAUAGCAACAGAGAAGCUAAACCUGUCGGAGAAAUCAUCAACUGUGAGUGCAGUGCUGCGGGGACUGAGGGACACUCUUGCCGUCCUGAUCCGCGUACCCGCGCCUGUAUCUGUAAACCCGGCUUCACUGGGGACCACUGUGACCUCUGUGUCCCAGGGUACUACGGACUCAACUGCCAGGCAUGUCGGUGCUCAGGCGCGGGGUGCCAAGGUGGUAGGUGUGAUACGCUGACGGGGCAGUGCCAGUGUCACCAAGGCUUCCAGGGCUACUCAUGUGACCAGUGUGCUCCAGGCUACUUCGACUACCCCCUCUGCCGACUGUGUGGCUGUAGCAGCGUGGGUUCCCUCCCAGAGGGCUGUGAUUGGUCUGGACGCUGUGUGUGUCGUCCGGAGUUCCAGGGACCGCGAUGUGAGCAGUGUAGAUCAGGCUUCCACUCCUACCCCAACUGCCAAGUGUGCACCUGUGAUCCUCGCACCUCCCUGGGCUCUAGCUGCAGUGUGUCGGGCCACUGCCACUGCAGACCCAACUACAGCGGCACCGCUUGUGACCAGUGUGCUCCUGGUUUCCACGGCUUCCCCAGCUGCACGCCUUGUCAGUGCUCAGCUGAGGGCUCCAGGUUCAGUAGCUGUGACCAGGUGAGUGGUCAGUGUACCUGUCUACCCAACGUCGUGGGACAGAGGUGUGACACCUGCAGCUCCGGAACCUACGGAUUCCCUCUUUGCCAAGCUGACACAUGUAACCCAGCCGGUUCUGUACAGAACGAGGUCCUGCCAACCGUUGGCUCCUGUGAGUGUCUUCUCUAUGUGGAGGGAGUGGCCUGUGACAGGUGUAAACCUCUGUUCUGGAACCUGUCACCUGACACCGUCUAUGGAUGCUCCAACUGUGAAUGCAACGUUGAAGGGACAAUGGGUGGCGUGGCAGAGUGUGCUCAGAGUAACGGCCAGUGUCCCUGUAAGCCCAAUGCGUGCGGUGGCACCUGCUCUGUGUGUAAAGAUGGAUUCUUCAACCUGCAGAGUGACAACUUCUUCGGCUGUCAAGGUUGUCAGUGCGACAUUGGAGGAUCAGCGGGACAGUCCUGUGGGGAGAGGAACGGGAGAUGUCGCUGCAGACCCAACGUGGAGGGACCCAAGUGUAACAGGCCUCGUCCAGACCACUACUUUCCAGACCUGCACCACCUGAAGUUUGAGAUAGAGGAGGGUACCAUGCAGGACGGGCGGCCGGUGCGUUUCGGCUAUAACCCCGCGGAAUUUGAAAGGUUCAGCUGGAAAGGGUACGCUCAGAUGUCCCUAAUACAGUCUAAGGUGGUGGUUCAAGUCUCGGUUAGCUCUCCGGACCUGUUUCAAAUAGUCUUGCACUAUGUGAACCGCGGUGGCCUGGACAUGAUGGGCAGGGUGUCCAUCCUGGAAGAUGGGAAUAACUCCACGUGUGGCAACUGCUCAGAACAGUCCAAACAGAUUGUGUUUGCCCCCAGCUCAGAACCUACCUUCGUCAAUGUGCCCCAGAAUAACUUUGUAGAACCAUUCGUCCUUAACCCUGGUACCUGGACGGUGAUCAUCGAAGCUGAGGGCAUACUGCUGGACUACCUGGUACUCCUGCCCAGUGCCUACUAUGAAGCUCCCAUUCUCCAGAUCAAAGUGACUGAGCCAUGCUCCUACAGGCCUACACCGGAUACCAGCCACAACUGUUUGCUCUACAAGUAUCUGUCUCUGGAUGGGUUCCCCUCCAUCUCUGGUAACGCUGCCAGCUGCAGGUUCGACAACCACCUGCCCAGACCCUGUCACCAGGAGAGGAUCGCCCCUUUCCACCCGGACAUGGCCGUCUGCAGUGGCAGCAAUCUAAAUGUCCAGAUGCGUAGCCGGGUUCCCCGUCCCGGGGACUAUGUUCUGGUGGUAGAAUACGCCAGUGAGGAGGAAGCACCACAGACCAUCUCUGUGUCCGUCAACACACCUGGCGGAAGGACACACCAGCACCACGUCACACUGCUGCACUGCAAAUACAGUUUCCUGUGUCGGGUGGUGACCAUCGAUGAGAUGAAUCGCGUGGCUGUCUUUACUCUCCCUACUGAUGCUGAGGUCCAACUGAUCGCUGACAGAGCCAGCUUCCUCCUGCACAAAGUGUACCUGGUUCCUCGGGAGAAGUUCACUAUGGAAUACCUGGCGCCUAAGGUCCACUGUAUCUCACCUGACAGUUCGUCCUGUAUCGCAUCGAGGUUCCAGACCCCGUCUGAUUCGCUGGUGUUGAAAGAAGGUCAAGGGUUAUCGGUCCAGGAGCCUGUCCUGGCCUCCACUGAUGACCCCCCCCUAGAGCUGGCAGGAGCCCGUCCUCCCACCGCGGCGGAUAACGUGGACCACUUCCGCCUUGAUAACAGCCAGAAUGCAGCAGUGUACUCUGGCCGUGUCCAUACUCUGGGUCGCUACGUGUUCAUCCUCCACUACCACCAGCCCCUCCACCCCACCUACCCUGUCCAGGUCUUCAUCAACGGGGGACGCAUCUGGCAGGGCCAUGCCAACGCCUCCUUCUGUCCCCAUGGUUAUGGUUGCCGUAGCGUUCUGAUCUCCGAGAACCAGAUCAUUCUGGACGUGACGGACAACGAGAUCUUCCUGACUGUCCAGGUCCCCGAUGGCAAAACACUCUGGCUGGACUAUGUGCUGGUGGUGCCAGAGAGCAGCUACAGCUCCAGUUAUCUGUCUGAACAACCUCUGGACAAAUCAUAUGACUUCAUCAGCAACUGUGGACAAAACAGCUUCUACAUCAAUCCUGCCACAGCCUCUCCAUUCUGUCGUAGUUCAGCCAUAUCUCUCUCUGCAUUCUUCAACAACGGUGCCUUGCCCUGCGGGUGCCAUGAGGUGGGCGCGGACAGCGAUACCUGCCAGCCCUUCGGCGGGCAGUGCCAGUGCAGACCAAACGUGAUCGGCAGGGACUGCUCACAGUGUGCCACAGGCUACUGGGGGUUCCCCAACUGUAGAGCGUGUCAGUGUGGUACACGGCUGUGUGAGCCGGUGACUGGAGACUGUAUCUGCCCACCGAGGACCCUGCUCCCAGAGUGUGUCCAGUGUGAGCCCCAGGCGUUCGGCUGUCAUCCUCUGGUCGGCUGUGAGGUCUGCAACUGUUCCCGUCCUGGGGUCACCACCCCCGACGUCAGCUGUGACACCGACAGUGGACAGUGCAGAUGCAAGAACAACAUCAUUGGUCGUCAGUGUGAUCGCUGCACCCAUGGUUUCUAUGGUUACCCCAACUGUAGGCCAUGUGACUGCAACGACGCGGGGACAGAGGAGGAAGUGUGUGACUCUUACACGGGACGAUGCCUCUGCAAGGAGAAUGUCCAGGAUGGUCGUUGUGACCAGUGCAGAGUGGAGACCUUUCACCUUGACCCCACCAACCCUAAGGGCUGCACUUCCUGUUUCUGUUUCGGAGCCACCAACCGCUGUCGCAGCUCAGAGAAACGACGGACUGAGGUGAUGGACAUGAUGGUCUGGGUGCUGCUGGGAACAGACAGACAGGAAGUUCCUGUGACAGUAUAUCCUGAUCAGCAUGUGGUGGAGGACCUUAGUGACGUACCUGAUGUCUUCUGGCACGCUCCUAGAACGUACCUGGGAGACAAGGCUAUCUGCGGUAUCGUCUGCACACUCAAACUAUGA